UGUCCUUUUAAGCUUGCAAAUUCUUUUUGGACACUUCUUGAGCAGCUGUGCAACUGGAGUGAAAGCAAACACAUAUGCUCUCAUCUCUCUCUCUCUUUCUCUUCACUCACUGGCUUACGUCCCAGCACAACGAGCCUGAGCUCAGUUGGUAUUUUUAAUCCCAGUUUGACAUUUCUAACCAUGGCAGACUCCAUGCAGACUGAAGAGCAGGAGAGUCCUGAGGUUCCCGAGCCACAGGAGCAAGAUGAAACCACCCCGAAACAAGAGCCCCAGUUCAAUGGGGUCCUGGUACUCAGCCUCCUGGACAAAGUGAUGGGCAUGGUCGACAAGAUCCAAACCAGCCAGCAACAGCUGGAGCAGCGGCAUCUGGAGAUGGAAACCGCCGUGUACCACAUCCAGAACGAGCUGAGCAAGCUGACCAAGUCACACGCCAACGCCAGCAAUAGCGUGGACAAGAUGCUCGAAAAGAUCCGAAAAGUCAAUGUCAACGUGAAGACCAUCAAGUACAGUAUGGAGAAGCAAGGCGCACAGAUCAAAAAACUCGAGGCGAAUGAAGCCACGCUACUGAAACGGAAUAACUUCAAAGUAAUGAUUUACCAGGACGAAACACCAAUGCCUGCAAGACUAAGCCUGAGCAAAUCUGUAAAAGAACACAUGAAAGCACCAGAAGGAAGUGAGGAAGGAAGAGAACUUGCGAUCAACGAGAACCAUCCUGAAGGUGAAGCAAUCUCUCUCUCCUCUGAUGAAGAGGUGGAACUCGAAGUCAUUGAAGAGGAGACAACUGCAAUCCGCCUGAAAAAAAGCAGCAUGAAACGUGUGGAUGAGUUCAAAAAGGCAUUCUCCAAAGAGUCGGUGGAAAAGGCUAAGCAAAGGACAAGGGAAAACCUAGAGAAGACCAAGAUGAAAACCAAGCAGAAUAUGGAGAGGACCAGACAAGCAACAAGGGAAAACCUGCAAAAGACAAAGCACAACUUUGAAAAGAAGAUGAACAAGCUUGGCAACAAGAUAGUAACACAAGAAAGGAGAGAGAAGUUGAGAGACUCACGAGCAAGACUGAAGAAGUCCUUUACACCGGAUCAUCAGAAAACAGCAAGGUGUCGGACAACUGUCUACAGAAUUCCGCCAUUUACAUUUUGGGUUAAGAAGAUGAGAGAUGGAGAUGUGGUGGUCCAAGAGGUGGAGAUGAUGGAAGGCCAGGGAGAGGAACACAUGACAGAAAAUGAAGACAACACUGAGCUCCUCAUUGAAGAAAUCCCUGAGGAAUCACUGGAGGAAGAUAGAGAUUCAGAGGAGACCGAACUCCUGCUGCUUCAGAAAAGAGGAGUAGAGUAAUGACUUUAUUUCAUGGAUGUGAUGUCACGUCACUCUUGCUAGUUGGCUAAAGCAAAUAAGCUGAAGUGGAAGAGUGAAAUGUUUCGGCAAUAGUUGAUUGUUAAAGUAUGGGUAAAUUAAGAAAUGACUUUUAUGCAACCUGAUAAUCUUAGUCCUGGUUCCAGCAACGUGUGGUCAGCAAACAUUGCUCUGAUUAAAUAAAGCAAGCUGUAUCCUCUUCCCUGGUAAAAUUCUGAACAGAAUUUAAUGUUCAAAUCAUUGCAAUUUGAAGAAUCAGCCUUCUAAAUGUACACUUAUGUGUUUUUAAUCUAAAAUUUUGAACACAUUAAAUAAUAAUUCGACAUGAAGGGCAUCAAUGUUGUUUUCAAAGAAAAUUCAUGCUUGCUUUCCAAUCUGAUAUGAAAACUUAUAAUUUUGAAGAUUUUAAUUGGGGAGAAGCUUGUAUAUAAUGAAAAUUUUUAAAGGUAAAGACAUUUUUUCAACUAUUAUGAAGAUUAACACAAGUCAUCGUCAAUCAGAGUUGACUUUCUUUUAGGAUUCAUAAUCUUAUUUUGUUAAUUAGUUACUUUCCCAAGCAACGUAAAAUGUGAUAUUGUACUGGCUGACUCUAUCAAACAAUGACAAACUUAAUCUCAGCAAUAUUCAUAAAGCUCGGUGAAAAGUGAGAUGUUAUUUGCCUUUUCCAGUUGGCAACAAAUAUUAUUAAGUCUAGAACAUUGCCAUCCAGAACUAAAUCAUCAAGCAGCAAUGCAGAAUAAAAUGUAGCUCAAUAGCCUUUCUAACCUAAGUUUAGAGUACAUUAGCUUGUUGUAACAAAUAGUAAAGAACAAAUAGACAACACAGGCCAGGGUGUUAAAGGCUAAAUUAACGUUGUUAUAAGCCAGGAAUAGACUUGGCACAUUAGGAUGUGAAAAGAAGGCCAGAGAAUGGGGAAUGAUUCCGAAGAUUAUUAUGCAUCAUAUUACUAUGGCAAUGGAACUUCUUAAAAGUAAAACAAAAUGUUGCUCUUGCCAACAAGUGAGAAUGAGACGUUGUAUGGCAUCAAUGCUUUUUGUCUAUAAAAAAUGAAACAUGUUCACAUUGCUGGCGUAUCAAUUACAUGGCCUACCUUACCUUUGCAGUUUUGUUUAAUUUGCUUUCAUACACAGUAACCAUAGUAAUAGGCAGAGGUGUAAUGCAUUGCAUGUUACAGUCAUUAAAACUGCAUCACUCUUGUAUAAUAAAUCCUUGUACAAUUUAUAUACAUUCUGACAUCAGUUUCCUGUUAGCAGCUACUUACAAGUCAUAGACGUUAUUUGAUGCUUUGUGGAAUUAACCUUUUAAUUGCUGCAAAGCAGAUUUUGCACCAUAUCCAAAUACCUUUAAACAUAUUCCUUCAGUCUAUAAUUUUGCAGCAUUUAAUCAUACUGUUUUUAAACUGCAUUCAGAAAUAUACAAGGCUAUUUUGCAUUUAUUUAGAAUCUAUUAAAAAUCUUAUAUCUACAUAUACCGUUGUCUUUUUGCUACUGUAAAUUCAUUUGUAUACAUUUUUAAUGGGAACACCACCUCUAAACCUGUCCUAGUGGAAUAACAUCCUCCCACCACUAGAAGCUUUGUGGUAACAUUUUUGUCAGAGACCUCCAAUCACAGCAUGACAAGUUCACAUUGGCAGUGCCCAUUAUAGAUGUAGACAACACAAGUUAUAGCAAAAAUAUAAAACUAAACACAAAAUAUAUAACUUCAAAAUGACGACUGAAUUACAACUAUACUCUGUCAUUAAACUACCUGCUUCCCAUAACAGGGUACAGGUAAUGCUCAGUCUUGUCUGAAUAUGUGUAACACCCUAAGUAAGCUUUUCCCAAACAAAUUUAGAAGCAGGGCAUAUGUGAUCAUUAAACCUUGAAAUUAUACUGGACAAUAUUUACAGAUGAAAACUUAGUGUUUUUCAUAUGAAAUUCUGUUGUCUGCUAAUGUAAUUAGUUCAAUUGUUUUUAAGUCAUUGGUUAUUUUCUGUGCUCAAAUAACAGACAAAGAAAUUUUACACAAAUUUAUGAAAUUCUUAAAGCCAAUACUGUGCAAUUUAAUUUCAAUGUUGAUAUUUCAAAUGUUGAUUUAGCUUUGAUUCCACGAACAGAAACUUCUGCUGGUAUUCUAUGCUAUUUGGAAGUAGAUAGUUACAGUAUUUUGGAAUUAUAUAUUUUGUGACUUGUAAAUAGCAAACAUGUUCCAAGCAUAAUAUUUGAAAAAUGCACAAAAACUUAUUUAGCAUAUAAAAGCUUUCUGCCUGUUGGGAAUAGUGUCAUAUCAUAAUGUUAAAGGAAUUGGAAAAGGCCAUUAGGGCUAAUGUGUCUGACCCAAAUAAAUAGGUCAAACAGACGCAGCUCUCACCAUAUGUCACAUUCUCACCCCUCCAACCUUUCCAAAAGCAAGCCCAACUGUCUUUUGUUUCAUUUAUACCGUCAGUUUCAAUGGUCUUUACUAAUCCAUAAUAUACCUCCUGUUGACCACUUUUCUGUUAAUGCAUAACUGAUAUACAGAGACGCUUUGAUAUCUCUUUGCAUCUUACAAAUUCUCAUUUAAAAUUAGAUUAUUUUUAUGGAUCUAUAUUUUGACUUUAUUUCAAUCCAGUCAUGUCCGAAUGCAAAGCAAUACUAGCUGCUCCAUGCUUAUAGCAGGUGCCUUACAGCAAAAUCCAAAUUUCCAAAGUGUACAUUUCCAACAAGAGUCAAUAGCAAUCUGAAUGCAAACCAAUAACAUGUACUGGGAAAAAGUAUAACUGUAUCCUAAAGAUCAGCAUGAAGCAAGAAAACAGACAUAUAAUAUCUGUAUGAAACAAACAUAUAGAAAAACAGAACUGAUAUUUAGCUUACACUUUUUUCAAUACAACAGCAGUGUUUAUGAAUAUACACUUCACAGCAGAUUUUAAAUCUUUGCCUUCUAUAUAUUGUAUUUUUCAUGUGGGCAAACGCUUAACAAUUCAUAAUAAAAACAGUCUCAUAUACAAGA